AAUAACAUCAACAACGACAACAACGACUGGUAGUAACAACUGCCGGCAAACACAAGAGUUGUUUCAUCGAAAUUCAAAAGAUCAUACCAAGGAUCACCAUUAUCUACUUGUAAGCAGCGAUACGAAAAAUAUCAGUAAAGUGAACAAGAAACAACAUAAAGCCGCUAAACGAAGUGAGUCGGGAAAGACGAACCCUAGCAACGUUGUACACGGCGACGAUAACACCAACAACACAAAACAAAGCAAAAACCACUCAAAGGAGAAGGCCAAGGAACAGCAGCCACAACAUAAGGACGAGAAGGAGACCAACGGUGCCGAACACGUUCAUAGGCAGCACAGUGGUUAUACUCAAACUAGGCACGAAAUUUCCUUAAGCGAGAUUUCCGACAAACAGCUGAUUCGUGAUCCUUUCGAUAAAUACCACCACAAUCAUAGUCAUUCUGACACAAAAAAGGAAACGGUCAGCGAGGACAAAGCUGACGGGGUAUUAGUGUCAAAACACAAGGAUUCCCAUUCAGUGGGACGAGUCUCAAGCGUCGAGCUGGCGGAUAAAAAGGAAGAAAUGCUUAUGUGCAACAACAUUAAAAAUAAGUCAGGGGCCGGUGACGAGGAAAUGGACACACUCGAGGAUAUACCUGUGGGUGCGGUGCGAUACCUCAGUGAAGGGGAGGCUAUGAAUCAGGAUGAGACUGUUGUUGAUACAGCUGCUCAAGGGACUGCCACUGGAGCCACUGGCCAGGAUGAGCAGGAUGAUGAAGCGAGGGCGGAAGCUACAUUCCGCUUCGAAGUUGAUCAAAUAAGUCGAUUAAAGGACACAAGGCUUUCACCACCGACAUUCGUAAGGAACCUGCCGUGGAAGAUCAUGGUGAUGCCGCGGCAUAAUGCAAACUCAAAUGAGCGUCCGCCCUCAAAGAGUCUCGGAUUCUUUUUACAAUGCAACGGCGAAUCCGAGUCGUCGUCGUGGAGCUGUUCGGCUCAAGCUGAGCUGCGCCUUAUUGCUCAGAAAGACGGCGUCGAAAACUCUGUACGUAAGAUCACACACGUCUUCUACAACAAGGAGAACGACUGGGGAUAUUCGCAUUUCAUGACAUGGAACGACGUUAUGGAUCCGGAGAAAGGUUACUGUAAGGAUGACACGAUCAUAUGCGAAGUUUGGGUUAUGGCCGAGGCUCCACAUGGGGUCAGUUGGGAUAGCAAGAAGCACACAGGUUUCGUUGGUUUGAAGAACCAAGGUGCAACAUGCUACAUGAACUCAUUACUGCAAACCCUCUAUUUUACAAACAAGCUGAGGAAGGCAGUGUAUCAGAUGCCGACCGAAAGCGACGAUUCAUCGAAGUCGGUUGCCUUGGCCCUGCAAAGGGUCUUUCAUGAGCUGCAAUUCAGCGACAAGCCCGUCGGAACAAAAAAGCUCACCAAGAGCUUUGGAUGGGAGACUCUCGACUCGUUCAUGCAGCACGACGUUCAGGAGCUCUGUCGUGUCCUUCUCGACAACAUGGAGUCGAAAAUGAAGGCGACCUGUGUCGAGGGUACAAUACCGAAGCUCUUCGAAGGUAAAAUGAUUUCGUAUAUCGCCUGCAAAAAUGUAACCUACCAGUCGAAGCGCAUUGAACCCUUUUACGAUAUCCAGUUGAACGUCAAGGGCAAAAAAGAUAUUGUCGAUUCGUUUAAAGACUAUUGCGCCAAGGAGACGCUGGACGGUGAGAAUAAGUACGAUGCGGGCACACACGGGUUACAAGCGGCUGAAAAAGGUAUCAUCUUUAAAUCUUUUCCACCCGUUCUACAUCUUCACCUUCUACGUUUCCAAUACGAUCCAGCCACAGAUUCCAAUAUCAAGAUCAAUGACAGGUUUGAGUUUUCUGAAAAACUUGAUUUGGAUGAAUUUCUAGAGCAAAAGGAAGCUACUCCUGCCCACUACACGCUCCAUGCUGUUCUUGUACACUCUGGUGAUAACCAUGGUGGACACUAUGUGGUAUUUAUUAAUCCGAAAGGAGAUGGAAAGUGGUGCAAGUUUGAUGACGAUGUUGUCUCGCGUUGCACCAAACAGGAGGCGAUCGAGCACAAUUUUGGAGCAGGCUCCGAUGACGAAGUUGCCAUAAGCCGCCAUUGCACGAAUGCCUAUAUGCUUGUUUACAUUCGUGAUUCGGCCCUCCCGGACGUUUUACAAAAGGUAGAGAAAGAGGAUAUCCCUGAGCAGCUGAUGGAACGUCUCCAAGAAGAGAAGCAAGUGGAAGCACAACGACGGAAAGAACGGAAUGAGGCUCACCUUUAUAUGCAGGUGCAAGUGAUUCUGGAAGAACAUUUCUACCUUCAUCAAGGAACAGACCUUAUUGAUCCCGACAAGUGCAACUAUCGUACUUUUAAAGUACGCAAGACAGCCACCCUAAGUGAGCUCAUGGAACUGAUUGCUGCUCAGCUCGGUUUCCCUGUCACUGCAAUUAGACCGUGGCACAUGGCCUUACGUACCAAUCAAACGUUCCGACCGAAUGUAAUAGACGAGGCAGAUAUGUCUCGUCAUGUGCAAGAUCUUUCGGAUCAAGCCGGGUCGUGGACGAUUUUCGUUGAAACCGUAAAUCCCGAUGAUAGCGAUCGGGCUAGUUUGCCGUUUUUCGACCGCGAGUCAGAUGUGCUCAUUUUCUUUAAACUUUAUGAUCCCUUUGAGAAAAAAUUAAGCUACAUUGGCCAUCAGUAUAUCCCGAUGCAGACUAAGCUUCGUGGGUUGAUGGCGGAAUUAAAUAAGCGGGCAGGAUUCCCGCAGAACACACCUUUGUUGGUCUUUGAAGAAGUGAAGCCCACGCUACUAGAACCCAUCACGGAGCUCGACGACCCGCUCGACAAAUUGCUUGACGAGCUAAUGGACGGGGAUAUAAUCUGCUUCCAGAAGUAUUUGCCUCAAAAUGAGGCUGCUAAACUGGAGCUACCUAACGUUCGGGAGUACUUCAGGUAUUUGCAGAAUCGGGUCGAAGUGCUGUUCUGUGAUAAGUGUGACCCCAAUGAUCCUGGCUUUGUGCUCGAAUUGUCGCUUAAGAUGAACUACGAGGAGAUUGCAGCCGCAGUCGCUCGACACCUUGACACCCACCCAAAGCUGCUGCAGUUCUUCAAGACGCAGUCAUAUCGUGACGGACCAGGAAAUCCGCUACGCUUUAGCUUUGACGGCACGCUCAAGGAUAUGCUAGCGGUCUUUAAGGGCAAACAGCAGCGGAAAAUGCACUACCAGCGCUUGUCCAUCCCAAUUGACGAGCUUGAAUCAAAGCGACAGUUUAAGGUGUUAUGGGUCGGUUAUAAGCUCAAAGAAGAACGUGAACUGACUCUCUAUCCCAACAAAAACGGAACCGUUGGCGAUCUGCUUCUUGAAGCGCGAAAUGCCCUACAACCGUCUGAUCUGGAUGCCGAGCACGGAACCGGAAAGUUGCGUCUGUUAGAAAUUGUUUCUUACAAGAUUGUUGCCAUCCAGUCUGAAACGACGAGCCUAGAGUCAUUAAACGUAAGCAAUAAAACUUACCGGGUGGAGGAAAUCCCUAAGGAGCAAAGUGAUGAGAACGGAACAGGGCCAGACAGCGAUCAUUCAAUGCUCAUCGCAUGCUGCCAUUACCAGAAGGAGAUAUUUACUACCUUUGGAACACCUUUCCUGCUCAAAAUUCACCACGGUGAACCUUUCCAGGCGGUUCGGGACCGAAUUCAGAAUCGACUGGACGUACCAGAAAAGGAAUUUGAGAAAUGGCGUUUAUCUAUCGUGACGUUGGGCCGCGCCCAAUAUAUUGAAAACGCACGAGAUACUGUCAACAUCCCACAGCUUACACAGAAUGGGCAACAAGGCACAAUGAACUCUAAGCCAUGGCUUGGUCUCGACCACAUUAACAAAACACCCAAGCGGCCCAAGUUCAGCUAUCAGGAGAAAGCCAUCAAAAUCCACAACUAGAUUUGCUGACAACUCAUAUUAUCAAAAAGAGUGAGGACUCGUAUAGACAGCUCGAACUGUUGCAAAUCGACAGACCCACCUUUCGAUUUUGUGGGAUGCCUUACGUGGUCACUAUAUUCUUAUCAUUAAUAUUAUAUCGGGUGCCUCCUUGACUGGAAUGCAGCGUCAAUUGGACUCCUUUGCGCUCCGCUGCCUCGGGAUCCCGCAGAGAUAUUUUCACGGCGUGGUAAAAAUCUCUUCUACUGGUCGAUUCUUGCACAUUUACGUGUAAGGUGUUUCCCGUGAAGAAGGUUUCAACUUGGGAUAUUUCACUUCAGAAUUUCAGGAGAAAGACUCCACCGGUCGUGGAUCCCAUCACAACAAAAACAUGGUUUCCUCAGUUUAUAUUUUGACACUUGUUGUCGGUUCGUCUGCUCCGUAUCAAGGUGGCUGCUUGCAAAGGACACACCCACCCCAUCUAGUAAAAAGGCUAUACUUAGCAAUGUAACGGAAGUGUGCCACUACCAGUAGAUACAAAAACGGCGAUGAACUGUUUUGUAGAACCAUGAGAAAAUUAAUAAUAAUGGAUGCCUAGGUAGGCGUUGAGUGUGAGAGGGGCGGAGAACAUGGCGCAACUAAAUUUUGCUCUUAGAAAGUACAUCAUUUACGCGACUACAGAGGGACUACGAUUCAAGAUGUAAACUGACGUUUGCAUUAACAAUGGGGUUGUUACCGGAGGGGUGACUGGUAGUACAUAAACCUGAUUUACUAAUUUUAUUUAACUAAUUUUCGUCUUUUCCUAUUAUUUGGUCUAUUGUGUGUUACAAUGGUGGUAGUUGUAGUUGUCUAGUGGUUUUUGCACAGCCAAGACCACAUAUAGUGUGAAAUGACUAAGAGGUUCUUAGUAUAUAGCUAACUGCUUCCAGGUGAUUAAAACAUGAGUUUUCUCCACACCGUUGCGACUGCUACAACCAUAUAAGUAGUAACGCCGUUGCUGACGAUUGAUAGCUUUGGGUUAUAAUGAAUAGAAAUUGAAAUACUAUUCUAGAUGUUGAUGAUAAUAUUCUGACAACAAUAACUAAUUUCCCGUUUCUAAAAAGGGAGGUUACGAGAAACGCAGCACUAAUGAAUCGUUAUCUUGAAGCAGUCGUCGUGACAGCAUGCCAAUACGAACAUGUUAGGAGCAUCGGCCUACACAAGCAGGUUACCACAUGUAACAUGGUUAAUAUCACUAGGAGGAGAUUCACUAUGAGAGGUAACGUGGAAAAUAUAUGUGGAGAGUGUUUACCCCCAAUGAGCAGUAGCACCAAAGGCCAGAUGACAAGAACAUGACAAAAACAACCUUCUUUUCCGUAAGAAUGUGUGAUGCUACGAUGAACACUAAUGUUCAGAAUAAUAUCUAAAAAGUUGCGGUGUCAGUUAGCGGCCUCAAGCCGCGUAAGCGGAGCAAGCAGAAGGAAAAGAUAAUCGUUGAAAGGAAAAUCUAAAAGAAUUCUUAAGAACAAACGUUACUUGACAUCACAGCGUGGAGCUACCAAUAUUGAUUCAGCAUAGAGUUAGUUGACUGAGGAUAUACACGUCGACAGUGACAGUAUCAAUGACAAAUGUGUAACCGUGAAAGCUGAGUUCAGUUCACGCGAGGAACUUCAAAAAGCUAGUGAACUAAGUGUAAAACGAAAAUAACACGGACUGCAGUGACGAAAUACAACCUAACAAGUCAUGUGAAGAGGAACUUGGUAAUGGUUCUUCCAAGGCGGUCGAGAAGAACGCGAAACGACAGCGCGAUGAGAAUGAAAACCAGGGACAAAGAGUAUAGAUUAGAUAGAAGGAAUGUUACUAUUUAUUUAUCACAGAAGAUCUGGGAGUGAAUAAUAGUAAUAAUAAUGGUAAUAACAAUAAUAAAAAUGUGUUAUGCCAGCACAGACACAUACGCUGGAGAACACUGAGAGAGCUAUGUGGAACAACUUUUUUGGCUCCACUGAUAUAUAAAGCAUACGACCACAAACUAAUGAUGAUGCCCAUGGCGGUAAUUUUGACAGCAGCAACAACAACGUCUAAACAAUAGAUUAUUAGCAAGAGUGUGCUAACGAGAAAGAAAGACCACAAGCAGCAUCAACAACCCGAAAGAUUAUAACUUACGAACCUCAGUAAGAACAAUGUCCCUUUCAAUAUGGCCUUAUCCAUGUAUGAAUUAAACCAGACCUUAUCCUUAAAUUAUCGAUCGAUUUAGAAUGCGUAAUCGUUGUCAUCAUCAUAAUCAUAUGUAGCUGCGGACUUAAUGCCUUCUAUGGCUGGUAGCCGUCGAAGUAAUCACCAAGUAAUGGUUACGUUUAUGCCACGGCUGUUGCUGCUGCAGUUACUGCUAAUCAUCGUAGCAAUAUGAUGACGAUGGUGAUGAUGAUGGCGAUGCAAGGGAAAGGAACUGAAUGGCAACAUUGUUGAGCGGCCGUGGCGAUAAAGAAAAAACCGAUCGACUGGAAACGAUAGGCAGGACAAUUUCUGUUUGUAUUUCUGCCUCUUUAUUUUUAUUUGUUGCGUUUUUUGUUUACAAUGACCUCAUCGAACUUUCAUUUUAGCUUAAAAAUUCCUUUAACAUUUUCUUUGAGGUUAGAUGUGACAAAGAACAUAAGUUUUGCUUAACAGGCUAACCAGCGAUUCGAAGUACCUUGCUAAAUUAAAUAAUGAUGAAGAAAGUAAGUUAUAUUGAAAAAACACAAAACAGAUUGAUAAAAAGGGUUAGCAAACAACGCGGUAGCAACGCUGUUUUGUCAUGAUGAUAAUAUUUGAUAUAAUUUGAAAGACAAUAACAAAGGUACAUAAUAAGUAGAUGAUGAAAACCAGGAGACAACAACUGAGCAAAGCAACUAGAGAGACUGGCCGCAUUAGUGUAAAUAGGUGAUUGAUGCUAUUGUCGAGAAUGAUUAUAACGAAACAAUAAUUAUUAUUACUACAAUGAUAAUGAAUGUUGGCUGAUGUGUGAAGGAGACGCUACAGAAAUCAUUUAUUAUAACUAAUUAAUAAUAAUAAUAAAGGCUAAUUUCAAUAAUGUAGGUGAAGAAGUCGAGAAGGUGAGAAGGUGACAAUAAGCCUGUUUCUGAGGUUCUAUACAUCUUGUAUUGGUAAGAGACGUGCAGAAACUGUAACGGGAACGACAACAACAACCACACCAACAACACCACCAACAGAGACGAAUAAAGCGAAUAUCGUGAUGA